CUGGCGCAGCGAUGGCGGAGGCUGUGGAGCGCACUGACGAGCUGGUCCGCGAGUACCUGCUUUUCCGCGGCUUCACGCACACGCUGCGGCAGCUGGACGCCGAGAUCAAGGCGGACAAGGAGAAGGGGUUCCGGGUCGACAAGAUUGUGGACCAGCUGCAGCAGUUAAUGCAGGUAUAUGAUUUGGCUGCUCUUCGCGAUUACUGGAGCUACCUGGAGCGUCGGCUAUUUAGCCGCUUGGAGGAUAUAUAUAGACCCACCAUCAACAAGCUGAAGACCAGCCUGUUCCGCUUUUAUCUUGUCUACACAAUCCAGACAAACAGAACUGACAAGGCUCAGGAGUUCUUUGCAAAGCAGGCCAUGGAGCUCCAGAACCAGGCGGAGUGGAAGGAUUGGUUUGUCCUGCCCUUCCUGCCGUCCCCAGACACCAACCCCACCUUUGCUACCUACUUUUCUCGACAGUGGGCUGACACCUUCAUUGUGUCCCUGCACAACUUCCUGAGUCUUUUUGCAUUGCAAGCCGAAAUCCACCGACUGAGGAAAGAGGAGCAGCAGCCAGAAGAGGAAGAGGCUUUGGUCCAACACAAAUUGCCUCCUUAUGUCUCCAAUAUGGACCGCCUGGGGGACUCGGAACUAGCCAUGGUGUGCAGCCAGAGGAGCGCCUCCCUCUCCCAGUCGCCUCGCGUGGGCUUCCUGUCCUCACUGCUGCCUCAGAGUAAGAAGAGCCCCUCAAGGUUGUUGCCUGCCCAGGGGCCCCCUCAGGCUCAGAGCUCGGCCAAGAAAGAGUCCUUCAGUGGUCAGGCCACCAAGGGAAAGGACCUGACGUUCGGGACCAAGGAUGGGAAGAUCCUCCUCAGCGGGCUGGCCACUGGGGAGUCCAGUUGGUCACAGCACCGGCAGCGGCGCUUGCAGGACCACGGCAAGGAGAGGAAGGAGCUUUUCUCUACCACCACUUCCCAGUGUGCAGAGAAGAAGCCAGAAGCCAGUGGCCCAGAGCCAGAACCCUGCCCAGAGCUCCACAUGGAGCCGGUGGAACCGCCGACUCGGGCUUCCGCGGUAGGCCCUGAGGGUGGAGGGGUCCGUCCCGAGCAGCCCUUCAUUGUGCUGGGGCAGGAGGAGUACGGGGAGCAUCACUCGUCCAUCAUGCACUGCAGGGUGGAUUGCUCUGGGAGGAGGGUCGCCAGCUUAGACGUAGAUGGGGUCAUCAAAGUGUGGUCCUUCAACCCCAUGAUGCAGACCAAAGCAUCCUCCAUUUCCAAGUCGCCACUGCUGUCUUUAGAAUGGGCCACCAAGCGGGACAGACUGCUCUUGCUGGGCAGUGGUGUGGGGACAGUGCGUCUUUAUGACACAGAAGCCAAGAAGAAUCUCUGUGAAAUCAGCAUCAAUGACGACAUGCCCAGAAUCCUGUCCCUUGCGUGCAGCCCCAGCGGGGCCUCUUUCGUCUGUUCGGCCGCAGCCUCGAGCCUCACUUCCCAGGUGGACUCCUCGGCACCCGACAUUGGCAGCAAGGGCACGAACCAGGUUCCUGGAAAACUGCUGCUGUGGGACACGAAAACCAUGAAGCAGCAGCUCCAGUUCUCCCUGGAUCCAGAACCCAUUGCUAUCAACUGUACAGCCUUUAAUCACAAUGGGAACCUGCUGGUCACAGGGGCAGCCGAUGGUGUCAUCCGCUUGUUUGACAUGCAGCAGCACGAGUGUGCGAUGAGCUGGAGGGCCCACUGCGGAGAGGUCUACUCCGUGGAGUUCAGCUACGACGAGAACGCUGUGUACAGCAUCGGCGAGGAUGGGAAGUUCAUCCAGUGGAACAUCCACAAGAGCGGCCUGAAGGUGUCUGAGUAUGGCCUCCCCUCCGACGCCACCGGCCCCUUUGUGCUGUCCGGAUACAGUGGCUACAAGCAGGUGCAAGUCCCCAGGGGCCGACUCUUCGCUUUUGACUCAGAGGGCAAUUACAUGCUGACAUGUUCUGCCACGGGGGGCGUCAUCUACAAGCUGGGUGGUGAUGAGAAGGUUCUGGAAAGCUGCUUGAGCCUGGGUGGCCACCGGGCCCCUGUGGUCACCGUGGACUGGAGUACUGCCAUGGACUGUGGGACCUGCCUCACCGCCUCCAUGGACGGCAAGAUCAAGCUCACCACCCUCCUGGCCCAUAAACUCUGAUGGACCUUCCCUGAGGGACACCCACAGAAGCAGUAUUAUCCUGGGGCACGGGGGAGACUCGAGGUGGAAAACAGGACACUCCACUGGCAGCCCCUGCCGGCUCAGCUACUCUUCAGGGAGAGACUGUCCGAGGAGCUGAGGCACUGCCCAGCUGCGGUGACUGCAUGGGGGUCGCGUGGAGCAGGUGGCUUGUGCUUCCCAGAGACCAGCGUCAUGGACUGUGCCAGACACAUGCUUCAGAGGAAAGCUCCAGAAGAAGGAGAAACACUGAUUGCUGCUGUGUUGGCCCAGGAGAGAUUGGCAGUAUUUUAUAUAUAUUUGCUCAUUUUUCUUCUUUUUUAAAAAAGAGAAUGCACUUGUGGUCCCUUGGGGUCUUUCUAGGAUGUGUAUGUCACUUUGCCCUGGCGGUAGUCAGCUGGGGGCUCCCUGCCCUUGGUCUGCGCACCCCAGUCCUUAUGCACCUCCGGCCUGAGGCUGCACUUCUGCAGCUGUGCCUGUCGCUUUGCCACAGGGGUAGGAUGUGGCGCACGGCUCUUGUCAGUUCUGCUGGGCAACUAAGGUUUUGA